CAACAAUUUGCAUCAUGUGAAUUUAAAUCUUGAUAGGUCAAUAUUAGUAUAAACUACCACACUACAUGCGAAAAUCAUUCCUCAUUUAGUGCAAUUACAAAUGAUAAACGGAAACGUUAUCAUUUGUAUUUAUUUUGUAAAAUAUGUAAUUCAAGAAACUGCUCAGAAUAUAAAGACAAGAAUCCUCUUUCUUCCAUCUCUAUCUCUCCGUAAACAGUUGCUCAAAACCUUCUUCCUGAAAUGGCUUCUUCUCUCAUCUUCCUCCUCCUCGUUACCCUAACCUUUUCAGCAUCAACCCUAAUCUCAGCCAAAUCCAACACAACAACAAUAAUCGAAUCAACUUGCAAAACCACAAACUACUACAAAUUCUGCGUCUCAGCUCUCAAAUCCGACCCAAGAAGUCCCACAGCCGACACAAAAGGUCUCGCCUCCAUUAUGGUCGGCGUUGGUAUGACAAACGCCACCUCCACCGCAAAUUACAUCGCUGGAAACCUAUCCGCCACCGUAAAAGACACCGUUCUCAAAAAGGUCUUACAAGAUUGCUCCGAGAAGUAUGCUCUCGCCGCUGAUUCUCUCCGGCUGACGAUUCAAGAUCUUGAUGAUGAAGCUUAUGACUAUGCCUCCAUGCAUGUGUUGGCGGCGCAGGAUUAUCCUAAUGUUUGCCGGAAUAUUUUUAGGCGGGUUAAAGGGUUGGCUUAUCCGGUGGAGAUUCGCCGGCGUGAAGCUAGUCUGAGACGUAUUUGUGGUGUUGUCUCCGGGAUUCUUGAUCGCCUUGUUGAAUGAUUUACAUUUGCAUUAACUACUUUCGUAAAAUCUCUAUUUAAAUUAUCGUAUUUCAUGAAUUUAAUAUGACCGUUACUUUAUUACUUUCGUCUUUGCUACAACUUUCAAAUUGCCAAGAAGAACAAUCUUUAGAGAUCACCUGAAUAUUUGGAAUUUAAUAUUUCUCAAUCAAUUGACUAAUCAUACCAAAAAUUUUAAGUGACGAAGAUUUGGGGGAAAAGGCUUCUUAAGAAAUGGGAAGUACUAGAGAUAUUUGUAUAUUCGUUAUAUAUCUUUAGGUAACUUUUUGCUUUAUCUGUAUGCAUUAUACGUGU